GCAGGUCGUGACCCUGAGUGCCACAUUGUAGCCAUUGGAGGCCUGGCAGGCUCCCGGGGCCUCGGGGGUGGGGUGGAGCCGCAGAGCACCGGAGGCAGAGAUCCUCCGGGCUCCGGAAGCAAGCUUCCAGUGCACAUGAAAGACAUCGGGGGUCCAAGCCAGUCCCCGCGCCACCCUGCCUCCGCCGGCGGCCUCCUUCCUCUCGGAGCUCUAGGCCAGCCCCCCGCCUGGGCGUGAGGGCAGAGACGUCUACCCCGGAUCCUUCUCCCUCCCCUGAAGAGGAUCAGGAGCUGGGCCAGGCAGGGAGGCCGAGGGAAUGGCCCCCGGACCCCCGAGGCCCCCAUGGCAGGAGUCACUGACAUUCAAGGAUGUGGCUGUGGACUUCACCCAGGAGGAGUGGGGCCUCUUGGACCAUUCUCAGAAAAGGCUGUACAAGGAGGUGAUGCUGGAGAACUCCCAGAACCUGCUUUCCUUGGGAAUUCCACCUCUCAGAGAAGAUUUGAUCUCCCAUUUGGAGGAAGGGGAAGCAUCAUGGAUCCUGGAUCGAAAAGGCCCAAGGAAGUCCUGUCCUGAUGCAGAGACCAGGUUUGGCGUGAAGAAGACAAUUGCGAAACUGAACAUCUCUGUGGAAGAAUCUCACCAGCCAAGAUUCAUGAGUGACUUCAAUUUGAGAGAAAUUUGUGACUCUGAUAUCAAGAAUGAGAAGAAUCAAAAUGGUAACUGUGUAUUUGAUAAAAAUGCAAAGAGUUUCAGACAACAUUCAGUCCCAAUUCAGUGUAAGAAAAUGACUUCAGAGAAUGACUGUUUUCAAUAUAGUGAAGACAGGGAAUGCUUAACUCGAAAGGUUGGGCUAAUUCAGUCUUAUUCAAAGCCUCCUCAAGUGCAGAUGUAUCAAGAUUUUCAACAGGAAAUGACAUUCGACCGCAUUAGACAUCAGAAAAGUUGUACUAGAGAAAUGCUUUAUAUAUGUAAUGAAGGUGAGAAGAUCUUUAGCCAGAACUCAAAGUUCAUUGACCGUCGUAAAAUUAACACUACAAGAAAACCUUAUAAAUGUAAUCAGUGUGGAAAGGCAUUCACACAGAAUUCCAAACUGACUCAACAUCAGAGAAUCCACACUGGAGAAAAACCUUAUGAAUGUAAUAAAUGUGGAAAGGCUUUCCGAGAAAACUGCAGUCUUGCUAUACAUCAGAGAAUCCACACUGGAGAGAAACCUUAUAAAUGUAAUCAAUGUGGAAAAACUUUCACACAGUACGCCAGUCUUUUUAAACAUCAGAGAAUCCACACUGGAGAGAAACCUUAUAAAUGUAAUCAAUGUGGAAAAGCUUUCCGAGAAAACUCCAAUCUUGUUGUACAUCAGAGAAUACACACUGGAGAGAAAAUUUAUGAAUGCAAUCAAUGUGGAAAGACUUUCACAAAAAAGUCCACUCUUGCUAACCAUCUAAGAAUCCAUACUGGAGAGAAACCUUAUAAAUGUAAUCAAUGUGGAAAGGCUUUAGCAGAUAAACCCCAUCUUGCUAACCAUCUGAGAAUCCACACUGGAGAGAAACCUUACAAAUGUAAUCAAUGUGGAAAGGCUUUCCGACACAACUCCAGUCUUGCUGUGCAUCACAGAAUCCACACUGGAGAGAAACCAUAUGAAUGUAAUCAAUGUGGAAAAGCUUUCACUCAGAAGGCCCAUCUUUUGACACAUCAGAGAAUCCACACUGGAGAGAAACCUUAUGAAUGUAAUCAAUGUGUAAAGACAUUCAGAACAAGAUCCAGUAUUAAUGAACACCAGAGAAUUCACACUGGAGAGAAACCUUAUAAAUGCGCUCAAUGUGGAAAGACUUUCAGACAAAGCUCUAGUCUUUAUCUUCAUCAAAGAAUCCACACUGGGGAGAAAACUUAAGAUUGUAAUCAGUGUGGAAUGGCCUACCUAGAUGGGGUCUGAUUUGCUAACCACCUGAGAAUCCACACUUGAGAGAAACCUUAAGAAUGUAAUCAGAGUGGAAAAGGUUUUUUGACAGAACUCCAGUCUUGCUGUAUAUCAAAGAAGUCACACUGGAGAAAAACCUUAUAAAUGUAAUCAGUGUGGAAAGAUUUUAAGAUAGAGGGCCUCUCUUGCUCAACAUCAGAAAAUCCACGCUGGAGAGAAACCUUGUAUAUAUAAAAUCAGUGUGAAAAAGCCUUCAAGUGACAGUCAUCCCUUAUUUCCCAUCAGAGAAUUCAUACUAGAUAGAAAUUUUGUCACUCUAAUGAUUGAGGAAAGGCAGCCAAAUGGAGUCUAGGGCUCAUUCAACAUCAGAAAAUUCAUUCUGGAGAGAUGCCCCAUAUGGACUCAAUAGAGGAAGGCCUUCAACCAGAGAUCAUCUCUUACUUUACAUCAGAGGAGUCAUGGUAGAGAAAAGCCUUAAAGAUUUCUCAGUGGAAACACGCUUUUCUCUGGAAGAGGUAGAUGACUAGACAUCAGAAUAUUCAUAUGGAAAUGGUUAGAAGAGUGAUGCCUUUUCUCAGUGUCAGGGUCUUUAUGUGGAGCUCAUGCUUGAUUAUAUAUUGGAGAAAUCAUGAUGGAGAUAAAACUUAUGGGUCCAAGUAAUGAGGGAAGGCCUCUUGCUGCAGUUUAGACUUUGUUAUAUAUUCCUUAUUUCAUGCUGAUGAAAAAGUCCUAUAAAUAUGGUGAAUUUUUCUUUGAAAUCCUAAUGUUUGUCAUUAUUCCUUAAUAAUACUUCGUAGCAUCCAUAUGCCAUAAUUUCUUUAGCUGUUUAUUAAUUGAUCAUUACUUUGUUUCCUGUUCUUUUGGUGACACUGAAUGUCGUGGUAUAAAUAUUUUUGGUUCCAUUGGACAUUAAUUUCUCUAAUUAUUUCUUUAAUCAACAAGGUGGCACAGUGGAUAGUUUGCUAUGCAUGGAGCCAUAAGACAAGCUCAAAUUCAGUCUCUAAUACUUACUCGUUAUGUGACCUUGGCCAAGUCACUUAACCUAUUCCUGCCUGGUUUUUCCCCCAUCUAUAGAACGGGGAUAAUAAUAGCAACUACCUCCUAGGGUUGAUGUGAGGAACAAAUGAGAUAAUUGUAGAAAAGCUCUGUAAGUAUUAAAUUACAGUGGAAAAGCUAGUUAUUGUUAUUUAUUUAAUGGGCUAUAAGUCUCAGAGUUAGUAUGCUAAAGUGGACAGUUUAAUCACUUUUCAUUCAAAUUCAUUCUCAGAACAGGACAGAGGAAGGCACUUGCUAUAACAGAGGGCAUUGGGUUUAGAAUCAGGAAAAUAGAUUCAAAUUCUGCCUCAAAUGCUCUCUGGCCUGUAUUUCUGAGGAACAAUUUAAAAACAAGCUUGAGAAAUUGAAUAAAUAAGGUACAUAACAUAAAAAAAGUUGGGUUCAACCUGGGUUCAAUAAAUCUAAGGACCCCAGUUAUGGGGCUAGAAUUUACUAAUCACUGCAAAAUGCUAGAAAAAUUGGAAAGCAAUCUGGCAGAAACUAGGUGUAGACCAGCAUCUCACACUGUACCAAGAUUAGCUCCAAAGUAUCCAGGAUUCAGAUAUAAGAGGUCCCCUCAAACAUAAUGGAAGAACCAUGAAGAUUCACAUUUUUAGUUUUGUAUAGGGGAUGAGUUCACCACCCAACACGGGACAGAAAGGAUCACAGAAAAUAAAAUGGGCAAUUUUCAUUACAUUAAAAAAAAUCUAAAAUGUAAAUGGAGUUAUUAACUGGGAAAAACCUUUGCAGAAAGUCUCCUUAAUAAAGGCUUCAUGUCCAUAUUAUAAACAAUCAUAUGAGAAAUAUGUUCCACAUCUACAAUCGCCAAUGCAAAAUACUAAUAAUUAGAAAAAUUUUAAGUUUGGUAAUGGUAAUAAGAAAGUGACAAUCAAAUAUUGGGGGCUUUUAUUUUUAUUGAUUAGAUAUUUGGUACAAAAAUUUUGUAUUUUUCUUUUCACCUAAGAGAGGUCAGGUCUGAGGGACAGGAAAUGUUUGUUAAUUUUCAAAUGAAAUUUAAAUAAGAAAGAAGUUCCAAAUCACAAACAAUUAGAAAAAUGCAAUUAAAUCAGCUCUCAAGUUCCACCUCACACUCAUGCAAUUGGCAAAGAUGAUAAGAAAAUAACCUGUGUUGGAAGGACUGUGAGAAAAUAGGCACAUGAGUUAAUUUACUGUUGGUGAAGCUGAAAAAGUCACUAAAUUGUACAUACCCUGUGAGUCAGUGGUACUACUAGAUGACAUUUUCUCUUAAGGACUCAAGUGUACAAAAAUUUAACAGCUCCCUUUGUUGUGGCAAAGGACUGGAAACUAAGGUGUGAUGCCCAAUAAUACAGCAAUGGAUGAACAAAUUGGUAGAUGAGUGGAACAGAACACAAAUGUGGCAUGAAACGUGGGCAAUGUCAGUGAAACCUAGGAAGAGUCAUAUGAACUAAUGCAGUGUGCAGUGAGUAGAAUCAAGGGACUAAUUGAUAACUUUGUGAAGGCCAAUCAGUUUGAAAGAUACCGCUUUUGCAGAGGAUUUAUCAAGGUCUGCAUUACCCGCCUCCUGAAUGAGAGACGAUGAACACAAGAUACAGAUUAAAGUAUAUUUUGGCACAUAGUGUAGGAAUUUAUUAUGGUUGACUGUUUUCUUAUUUUUUUUUUAAUUUUGGGUAGGAGAGGAUGGCAGUGAUAGAGAUUAGGAAUAGGAUUACCCUUCCCCCACUUCAAAAAAAGAAAAAGGAAAGGAAAUUGAUGGAUUUUUAAAAUCGUUGCUCAUCCUUCGUUUUUGAAGAGGACCAAUAAUAUCACGGUGAUAACUUGUAUGUGAAUUGGGCUUAAGUGAGUCAGGGUUGCACAAGGUAAGCCUCAUUCUUUCAGAGUCGAAGUCCAGUGCUAAGACAAAAGUCAGGACUAGUGGUGGUCAUCUGGGAGGCAGUGGAUGAUCUUGGCAUCUUCUGUGUCUGACCAAGCUCUAAUCACUCUACAGCAUUUGUUCAUGGCCUUUGGCACAAAUUGUUCUCAUCCACCCAGUCUGCUGGGGAAGUCUUCAUGUUUGGGGUAGACAUUCCCCUAACUUACCAAUGGGUUUGAGGCCAGUCAGUUACCCUCAGCCUAGUGUAGCCUGUCUGCCAAAAUGGAUCUGUCAGCAUGUGGCCACUGCUACAGUUUCUUGGAGCCACUGGUGAGAGUUCAGUGAAGGUGCACACCAGAGGUGGAUGAACGGCCCUGAAAAGGGUUCAGCAGCCUUCACACCAAACGUGCCAUAGACCAGGAGGAA